AUAAAAGUCUGGAAGGAAACGACGUCCCUCCUUCUUAUCCACCCCUAUUCACAGGAUCAUUUCACCACUUCCACUGCAGUCAGAACAGGGAGCCGUCGCACCGCAGGGAAGACGCCAUGGAUUCAAACUGGGGGCCCCGUGCCGUGAUCUGCCUCGGCCUGACUCUGCUUGCGUUGUGCUCCACUAGUCUGGCCCUCGAGUGUUACGAGUGUCCACAAUUAAGCACUGACAAGUGUGAACACAAGGCCAGCUGCGUCGCACCGAAAAACACUUGUCUGAAAGUCACAUCAGAGGGCAAAUCCUUAUACCAGUGCUGGGAGAGCAACCGAUGUGACAUAAACAGCAUUAAAACCGACUUCCGGCUGACCAAAUUCACUUCCUCCUGCUGCCAGAACAACUUGUGCAACCACAGCGCGGCCAGCCUGCCCCUCACAUACUUGGUGCUGGCUCUGGCCGCGGUGCUUCUGCUGAUGUCCUCCUGCUGAUUGCGCGGCCGGUUCUUUCCCGCCGGCAAUCUCCGGCUUUAUCUGUUGGCAAAACUAAUCGGCGUCUAUUACAGAAACCGCGUACGAGUCUAGCGAGCUUAACGGCAUUGCCUGCGUUUUCACCGUUAUUCCUCCCCUGCGCUGCACACCUCGAUAAUAUUAAUAAAAUAUAUAAUAUAUUAAAUUUAUAUUUACUUUAUAUACACAACCAGAUCAGUGCCGCCGGCUGCAUGCGCAUAACGCAACGCCUGGCCACGAAUAGCCAGCACUAAUGUCAUUUGGGGGCUGCCAGGGCUGCUUAGUCAACCUCUAGAUUGUAAGCUCCUUUGAGCAUGGGCCUCCUCACCUGUUUCUGCAAGUCAGAUUGUGAUGUCAUAUAUUACUCAAGUCCGGUCUACCCGUUGUACAGCGUUACGGAAUAUGACGGCGCUACAUAAAACAGCAAUAACUCAAGUCCGGCUCUGCCAGAUGGUUGCAAGAUUAAAGCAAUGGCAGCGUUUCAGCUUUCCUUGUCUGCGUAUGAUGUCAUGAUUGAUUUCUGCAAAUUCUAUUCUGUAAUUUUUUUGAGAGUUCCAAAAAGUAUCAUUCUUUCUAGAUCUCCUGCGUCGUCCGAUAGAGGCUGGUUGGAAUGUAGGCUUUUUUCACCCCAAUAUUCAAUUAAAAAUAUUCAAUAAAAUAUUGUUUCUGAAAUCUAUAAA